AUGGUAGAAACCAGAGGCAGCAUGUGCCUCAGCCAGCGGCAGCCGGACAGCAGUGAUGAGCUUCCAGCCAAGGUGAGCGGGACCCAGCCGGACAGCAGUGAUGAGCUUCCAGCCAAGUUGAGCGGGACUCAGCCGGACAGCAGUGAUGAGCUUCCAGCCAAGUUGAGCGGGACUCAGCCGGACAGCAGUGAUGAGCUUCCAGCCAAGGUGAGUGGGACCCAGCCGGACAGCAGUGAUGAGCUUCCAGCCAAGGUGAGCUUGACCCAGCCGGACAGCAGUGAUGAGCUUCCAGCCAAGGUGAGCUUGAUCCAGCUGGACAGCAGUGAUGAGCUUCCAGCCAAGGUGAGCGGGACCCAGCUGGUCAGCAGUGAUGAGCUUCCAGCCAAGGUGAGCGUGACCCAGCCGGACAGCAGUGAUGAGCUUCCAGCCAAGAUGAGCAGGACCCAGCCGGACAGCAGUGAUAAGCUUCCAGCCAAGGUGAGCUUGACCCAGCUGGACAAUGAGCUCCGUGAGCAGCCGAGCAGCGGCGCUGAGGCCAAACCAGACAAGGCAGGCGCGGAGGUACAGUGCAGCGUGAGAUGCCUGCUGAUAACGAUGAGUUCACUGGAGUGCACCACGAUUGGAGGGAGCCUCAAGCAGAUUGACGCCAGCGUAGGUCAGGUGGUUGGCAUGAGCAGCACGGACGCAGUCUUCGUUUGCUACGGAAACAACUGGGUGCAGCUCCCAGAGGCCCUCAAACACAUGUCUGUGGGGCUCUCAGGAGUCUGGGGUGUUAACAAAGACAAUUACAUCUACAAGAUAGUUGGAGGAAACUGGCAACAAACUCAUGGUCUCCUGAAACAGAUUGAUGCUGGCGGUGAUGAAUUUGUUGCUGGAGUCAACUUGAAUGACAACAUCUGCCUGAAUGUUCAUAGCACAGACCCGAUUCCCUGGAACUUGCUUCCUGGAGCUCUCAAGUACUACUCCUGUGGGCCCUACAACUGCUGGGAAGUGAACUCUGGUGAUCAGAUCUAUGUGAUGAAAGGAGUGACUCCAUCUUCCUGUAUGGGCAGCAAUACAUGGCAGAACAUCCCUGGAGCCUUGUCCAUGAUUGAGGUCUCCACUGACAGCAGUGUGUACGGGGUGAACUCUGGCGGGGACGUCUUUUGCAGGCAAGGGAUCACUGCUAGUAAUCCAGCCGGCACAGAUUGGGUUCAUCUGCUUAUUUGUGGAAAGAGCAAGCAUGUGUCAUACGAUCUGGGUGUGCUGUGGGUGAUCGGACAAGACGACUCAAUCCAGGCUUGUCACCAAACUCCACAGAACAAAAAGAAAAAAAUAACUUCUUAUCUCAUACAAGUGAACGCCAGCCAGUUAACAAACAUAUUACUAAGUCUCAGUUUGUGA